AUGGUCAUCAUCACCUGUACUCCUGUCUCUUGGUGUAUUUCUCUCAGUGCACAGGUCCCUGUCCCAGCCUGUGCUGACCCAGUCGCCCUCCCUCUCGGCAUCUUUGGAACAACAGUCAGACUCACCUGUACCCUGAUCAGUGGCUCCAGUGUUGGCAGCUAUUACAUCAACUGGUUCCAGAAGAAGCCACGGAGCCCUCCCCAGUAUCUCCUAUUGGAGCUUUGGGAGCUCCUGAAUUACAGGAUGCUGGGUCGUGUCAUCCCAGUGAGCAGAGAACUUGCUCUUCCGCUUUUGGCUCGGAGGAGGCAAAGGUGCAACUGUAUUUGGUCCUCCCGAAUCCGGGUUCAUCCAACACCAGCUGCCUCCACUAUUCCUCCUAAGUUCAAUCCCAAAGAGAUCAAAGUCGUGUUCCUGAGGUGCACCAGUGUUGAGGUCGGUGCCACAUCUGCCCUGGCCCCGAAGAUCAUGCUGGGUCUGUCUCCAAAAAAGGUUGUUUAUGACAUCGUCAAGACAACUGGUUAUUGGAAGGGUAUAAGGAUUACAGUGAAACUGAUCAUUCAGAACAGACAGGCCCAGAUUGAAGUGGUACCUUCUGCCUCUGCCCUGAUUAUCAAAGCCCUCAAGGAACCACCAAGAGACAGAAAAAAGCAGAAAAACAUUAAGCACAGUGGAAAUAUCACUUUUGAUGAGCUUGUCAAUAUUGCCCAACAGACGCGACACGGAUCUCUAGCCAGAGAAUACUCUAGAACCAUUAAAGAGAUCCUGGGGACUGCCCAGUCUGUGGGCUGCAAUGUUGGUGGGUGUAACCCUCAUGACAUCAUAGAUGAAAUCAAUAGCUAUGCAGUUGAAUGCUCAGAGAGUUGA